AUGAUCAUCAAAGACGUGAUACCGGAUAUGCGGAUUGCGAAUGAAUCUCGUGAGUUGUUGAACGCGUGUUGCGUGGAGUUCGUUAAGCAUGUGGCUCGUGAAGCACAACGCAUCUCAGCGCACGAUCAACGCAAAACCAUUUAUCAUGAACACGUCCAAAAAGCGUUAGCGAAUUUGGGCUUUCCAUACGAUUACGUGGAAGCGGCGGACAGUGUGCUGAACGAGUGUAAAAUCGCGGCUGAAAAUAAACUGAAACGAAAGAAUUCGCGAUUGGAUAAAUGCGGCAUCCCUGAGGAUCAACUUUAUUUGAUGCAACAACAACUAAUUGAAAAGGCUAGACAAGAGCAAUUGGCGGCGGAAGCGGCCGAAUUUAGUCGUAUUCAAAUGGCGAUUGAUGAACAAAGACCAGUGAGUUUGCUGGUUCGGAAUGUGGUCGAUGAAGAGGAUUAUGAUGCUGCAUGA